AGAAAAAAAAAACCCCUUUUACUCGCGGCUAAUUUCUCCUGUUUCGAAACCCGCGACGUGCAAACGAGGGGGAAGUCGCGACUGGUAAUCGCUGGCGAAGGCAUCGACGGAUGCAGAGGAAGAAGAGGACUGAACGACGCCCUUCUCUUCGCCACCUUUCGUCCUCACCCGCUUUUCGACCUAGCUCGUAUAGUGCGGUCGAAUUCUCGAUGGAUUCAAGCAAAGAAGAUGCCGAUCGGCCCACAGAAUCCCCAUCCGCGCAAGCCGAAACACCCUUAUAAGGACCCCGACGAUGGCCGCCAGCGCUUUUUGCUGGAGCUGGAGUUUGUGCAGUGCCUAGCCAAUCCAGCAUAUAUUCACUAUUUGGCUCAAAACCGUUAUUUCGAAGAUGAAGCUUUUAUUGGAUACUUGAAGUACCUUCAGUACUGGCAAAGACCAGAGUACAUAAAGUUCAUCAUGUAUCCACAUUGCCUUUUCUUCCUAGAGCUUCUGCAGAAUGCAAACUUUCGUAAUGCAAUGGCUCAUCCCGGAAGCAAGGAGUUGGCCCACCGACAACAAUACUUCUUUUGGAAGAACUAUAGGUACAAUAGACUAAAGCACAUUGCACCUCGUCCUCUUCCUGAGGCAGCCGUUGCUCCACCUCCGACUCCACCUGCUCCAAUGCCCCCCAUGCCUGUGGCUUCGGCACCAACCCUUCCGCCAAUGCAAGUUGUUGGACAACCUGGAUCUGCUCCUCCCAAAGUUGACAUGAGAAACAGCAUGGUGGAUCGUAGAAAGAGAAAGAAGGAAGGUUGAAGAAUCAAAUAGCAUUUAUUUAUUAUAAAAAGCUACGUACUGAAUACAGGAAAAAUGUUACUGAGAAAGUGAGAAUCGUAGUACCUCAUGAUCAGGGAUCUCGAUGGCAGAUUCUGGAAAGUUCUUCUAAGCUUUUUGUUUUUCCCCAAGCAUGAUGAGUUUAAGUGGGAAUAAUUAUUUACCCUGUAACAUUGUAAAAGUUUAUUAUUUAGACAAAGUGAUUAUUGUAAAAUUUGUAGUGUCUUAAUCCUUAUAGAGAUAUUUGUUUGAAAGCUUGUUUUGAUGUGUGAUGUUCAAAUGUUUUGGUAAUGAUUGUUUUGAUAAUUUGAAUCAAUGCUUCUAUUUUUUAUGCA